ACGCAUUAUGCUCACGCCAGCUGGUCUGGUCUGGCCACGAUAACGAGACCAUGUCCUUACUCAUGAACGAAGACUUCUCCAUCUACCAGCUGCGCCUCGGCUAUCUCAAUCAGAUCCACGACGGAGUGGGUGAGCGACUGAUCAACCUCAAUCCCGCAGUGCUGAAUAACCCGGCCUUUCGGACUGCAGGAUGGGUGCCCGAUGCCGCCGCCAUCAAGCGAUGCUACAGUCCGCCCAUUCCCACCGGCACCUCCGCCGACAUCAGCAGCGAGUACUUUCAGCGCCCACGUCGCCCGACCAGACGUGCAUUGGAUGAUGACGAGGGGGGAGAGGGAGGCGGCGUGGGUGGAGGGCUAGUCACUGGCCAAAGUGGAAGUCAAGAUACGAUCGGUGCUGCAGGACUGCACGAUCAUAGAAAGAGAGAAAAGAGACGGCGCAGAGAGGCAUUGGAAGACGACGACAGCUCCGAUUUGAGCGACGACAGCGAUGAAGACGACAAGGGCCCCGCGCAGAGCAUCAAGUUCUCCAAGAUGCCCGUUCGCCAUCGUGCUGCCUCCUCUCCUCCUACACAGGCUAGCACUCUCAGGCCUGGUUUCGAGGGCGAUGGGCCUGAAGUGCUGGUCACAAGUCCAUCACGACCACCAGAUUCGACAUUCACUCGGCUGCGUAGUGGCAGCAUGGGCCAGGUCGAGAGCAUCAAGCAGAGAGCACGACGAGAUACAGCCACCAGCUCAGAUAUAUCCAGCGAUAACGAUGUCGGGGGUGCGCCGAAGAAGUUCAAACGCAAGUUGCCCAGUAGGCCCGGAAAAGGUCCUAGCGUGCUUGCGCUCGAAGACGACAUCGAGGAGGAACCCCAUGCCAAUUCCGAUCUGGACGACGACGAUGACAUUGAUGUGGGUGAGGCAUCAGAUCUCAGCGAUGAGUUUGAAGGUACUGUAGAAUCACCAUCUAUGCUGGCCUUCCCCAAAGCCAGCGAUGAUAUGUCGCGAUCGCCCCUCAAGCCUCCUCCAGACAUCAUGCCUGCAAUCAGUGCGAGUGCUUCAUCACCCAAGAAAUCCAGGGAACCACUUCCCAGACUACCGAGAUUACCCUCCGGACAACGCCCACUCAGCAUGCUACCUCAGCCCAUGUCUAUGAUCAGCUUGGCGUUGCACGGGAAUGGCAGUGGCUCCGCGGACAAGCCAUUCCAACGCUUUGCAGAUCUAUCUGGAAAAGGUGAAGCGAGUCCGUUGUGGAUCAAGAUCUAUGCACCAUUCUCCGACAAGCCUACCAAGCCCAUCGAAGUACCAUUGCGAAGAACAAAGGACGACCGACCCGUAACGGUCGCAGAGUUGAUCGGUCUCUCAUUAUGGCGCUACGCGGAAGAGGGCUACAAACCCCAACUCCCUCAGGACGAAUGCAACAUCAACUGGUGGACUCUACGAAUCGUGGAUGACGAGGAAAUUGAUCUGGACUUUCCAGCGCUGGGACGAACACGACCAGCUGUGGACUUCACCUCGAACAACAAUCGGCCACCUCAAAGGAGAGCGAGGGACAAGCCGUGGGACGAGUUUGGGCUGGUGAAAGCUACCACGGAGCAGUUCAAGGAGAAUGAAGAGAUUACGCCUCAGAUUGGAGAUAUGCCGCCGCCUGCAAGAUCGACCCCCAGGCUCGAACAACAACAAUCUUUCACGUCAGCCCAAGCACGACCAGAAGUCCAGCGCUCUACAACAGAGACAUCCCUGUCUCUCAGACCUGUGCCUUCCUUCAACCCACGCCCGAACCCAAUCACAGGUCCUUCGUUCGGCCCGAGUGCGCUUCGAAGAGAGAUCACUCACCAACCUGCGGAUCUGCCUCAAAGAGAAGAACGGCAAGGCGCAGCAAAGACUGGUGCUCCUCGAACUGUCACCAUCACUCACAUGAAUCCCACCACAAUGGCUUCACGGGUCGACAAAUACGAAACCACGACGGACAGCUACAUUGCCGAAGUCUUCGAACAAGCCUGCUCGCGUCUCGGUCUCGAAAAGGCUCUAUACAAUCUCAAGGUGCACGGCACUCAGACGGUGGCGCCACCAGAUCGUACAGUGGAAGCGCUCAACGAACGGCUCCAUCUUGAUCUCGUCCCACGCCGCUUCCACGGACCCGAGGGAUUCUUGGGCGGCCUCUCGGGCUCACCAGGAAGUUCGUCUCCGAACGCGCCUCUCGAACUCACGCCGGCGAACGCCACGCCGAGUCAUACCAAGAAAAAAGGAAAGUUCACGCUGCAUCCUCUGGCCGCUCAACAGAAGUCCGAACUUAACCACACCACCUCGAUCUUGAACAUGCAAACGGAAGGCAAACGUUACAAUGUCAUGAGAAAGCAGCCUCUGUCCUUUGCAGCCACACAUCCGCGAACGUUGAUCAUUACGCCGGAGUACAUGACGAUCAUGCCUGCGGCACCGGAUAGCCUGGCUGCGCCGAGCGGGAAGGUGACGAAUGUUCCCAUGACCAGCGUGAUCGGUGCCAAAGUGAGUCGCAAACAUACCAAGAUGGUUCGCAUCCUCGUGUAUCGUGAGCGAGAAACCAAGCGGUACGACUUUGAAGCGGCGAACCAUCGCGAAGCGGAGGAGAUUGUAGACGAUGUCAGGAGAGGAAUGGAGGUGUUUGGACAGGGCGCUUUUCCUGACGACUAGAAGUUGAAGAAGAAGAAGGGGUGGUCUUGGGGUCGUAAAAGCUUCUCUACCUACGUGGUAGCAGGCGAUGGCCCGCCAAAUGUGUGGAAAGAAAGCAGCGAGAUGUGGUGUUCAUCGCAGAGUAGCUCUUUAGCUGGACAGAAGAGCGAUGGCGGUUGCGAUCCGUUUGGAAUGCGUCGGCACACUGUUGCCGGUUUCGCUGGAGUUCGGAAUGGGUAUACCCACAGUAGCAAGAGGAGGUUGUCCUUGUACUCGUUGUUGACGAUUGAUGAGCGUUGAAAUUAUGGACCAGGGGCGAACCACGAUCCUGACACAUUUCGCCUGCUGUGCACCAGUUGACGAGCGAGACUGAACUUUGGCAAAAGUGUCUCGCCGGCACGAACGAUAAUUUUCAGAUCACCCCAUUGAGCCGUGGCUUCUUGUUCCGUGCUCGCUUUGGCUCGAGGUAAAGUACUAUAUGCACUUUCGGAACAUGGCCCAGUGCUUCAUGUUAGUCACGAGGUCACGGACGAGCUUCAGAUAGAACAUGUAUCUUCUUGGGGGCAGUCCUCCAGUGCCUCACUUGAAGGGCUCGGCGUUUCGAAACAUAGUGCCUUC